AAGCCGCACCUACAGCUUCCGUAAGCUUCUAGAGCUCGCCGCACCUCGCGCCUCCUUCCGCCGAAGCAUGUACUCCUGUUGAAACCGUUCAUUCCCGCGCGCCCGCCACGCUUAUAGUGCUCAUCACUCCGCACCUCUCGGCCGACAUCGCAGCCAUGUUUCAGACCUUCACUGGCUCCUCGAGGCGCCCUCGCCAAGUGAACCUUUCCGGACGAGUCGCAAACCCUUUUGCUGCGGUGGGCGCUGGUUCGGGACAGUCUGCAGUGAAAAGCGCGCAACAGGAAAGAGCUCAGAGGCAGCGCGAAAGAGAGAAGCUUAAUGCUGCUAAGGUGAUUCAGCGGACAUGGAGGGGCCACGUCUGUCGACGUGAGGUAUACGACCAAGUCCGCAAGGAAUGGGAUUCCUCGGAGAUGGGAGAGGACCCGGAGACUCCCUAUGCCACCGAGGAUGAGGCCCUCAUGCAGCUUCAGCGCCUGCUUCUCUUCUUGAACCUCCGUGACGAAAAAGACCUCGACAGACUCGGACAUUAUUGCAAACGCCAAAUGAAAACGUCCUACUCAGGUGGCUCCUGGCCUAUGGCAUACCUUCGUCUUCAAGAGGCUGUUCUCGGUGCCUUAGAACGGCAACUUAAAGCUAUCGAUCGCACAGAUAAUAAGAAUGCUACUGCUGACUUCAAGGACGCAGCUGCUCAAGGAGCAUCGGUUCUUGAGUCCAGCUCCGUGAUGCCUUCUCUGGAAACCCUUAGCUUCCUUACGGACAGAAUACCAAGGGAAUCCGCACGGAAUGCCCGGCGGUACUACCGUGUCAUGGCUGAGAUCACUCACAAUGCGUUUACGCACUACGACUCUUCUAAAGAGACAUUAGAUGCACAGAAAAAAGCUCUGCUUACCAAUAUUACCGCACCACUUGCGAAAUUGCACCCAGAUACCCCCAAGGUCUACGAGGCUCUCGCUUGCUCAUAUUUACCUCUGAGAGAACUGAGUAGUGGGGAGACAUAUGUUGUUUCAGGCACAACAGGUCUCUCGUGGCUAAAUCAGCUGGCUGCAAAAGUCAAUUACAAGCUUCUGGGCAACGGAGUUGCUGAAGCUGUGAGGAGCGGGGAUCUGGCUAACUACCAGCUCAACACUGAAGACCGCGUGCGCCUUCUUGGGUGUUUUAUCUACUGCCAUCGACACGCCCAUAAUUUCGGAGAGACCCAUGCUUAUUCGGCGCAAAAGGACUUCAUUUCUGUUGUUUCAGCACUGCUUUCGUCUGUUGCCGAUGAGGUCAGCCUGGAUGCGCAGCCUAUCGGAGAAGCUGACGAUGAAGCAAACUACAACAAACGUGUCCCAAGAAGAAUGACUUUGCCUCCAUUUCUGCAAGAUCAGAUCUCAGCUCUGGUCGAUGAGGGAAGCAUACGCAGUUUGUUGGCUGAUAGGACAAGCGAGUCUCUAGAUAAUGAGGCGAGAGAGUUGGCGAGUUAUGCGCUCACCCUAAUCCGCUUCUUCCCCCGCAGAGGGGAUGAGAUCCGCAUGUGGCUUUAUCUGGGAUCAAGCUCCGUCCGAAGCACCCCCGCGAUCAAAUACUUUUGGCAAGCCGUUCGCUCGACAAACGUCGUGCAAACAAUAUCCCGUGAUUCGAGAGCUGCAGUAGCUUUGUUGAAGACCAAAAAGAGUUCACGCUCCACUAGCCGCUGGCAACCUCCUGGCGUGGUUGAGGAUGUUUCGGAAUCAACAAGCAAGGAGUGGCAGGUCAUUUUGAUCUUCCUAGAACUGUACAUUUUCGUACUCAAGGUCAUGGACGACGAGGAGUUCUUUUCUGGAGGUACUUCCAUAGGCGAAGAUACAGGGUUGCGAUCAAGUCGGACACGGGAAAAUGCUCUACCUCUAACGGAGGUCCGCGAUUUGACAAUCUUCCUCAAAAAUCUCGGCUUUACAAUGUACUUCAAUGCCUCGGAGAUCCUUGGGGAUGACGAGCGCGAUCAGUCUUCAACCGGCGGUAUCAGCAGUUUCUUCAGUCUCAACUCACGGACGACUCCUGAACCCGAGGAAAACGAGCAAAAGCCAGUGCAACCCUCCAUCGGCGGUGUCACUGGCAUGACUCUGGAUUACGUCAAAGGUCUUGUCACUGGCCUUUUACGAAUGAUCUAUGAGCGGGAUUCCCGUCGAAAAUUUCUUCCAAAAGACCAUUGGCUCAUGACCCAGAGGUUCGAUAUGGACAGUUUUAUCUCGGCAGUUGUACAGGAAGAAGAGAACCGGAACCGAAUCCAAGAAGAAGACGAUGAGGAUAUCAACCAGGAUAUGGAGCAGGACAUUGAUGGCCUCGAGUUCAUCGAUGGCCGUAACCAGCCUCUUAUUGGUACCAGAAGGACGCAACAAGCUCGCCAUCUUGAGAGGCUACAAAGGCAGCAACGGCAAGCAUCCCGGAAAAGAUAUUUGCAACUCGUUGCGCCACGAUUAGAGAUCUUGCAGAACAUGCCUUUCUUCAUACCCUUCACAACCCGCGUGCAAAUAUUUCGGGAGUUUGUUCGUCUCGAUCAAUUGAAGAGAAGGCAUGGUUUUACGGAUCCAGAUCAAUGGCGUGUGGCAGUCUUGCAUGAGCUUGGUAACCGUGGUGCAAUAUCUCGGCACCAUGCCAAAAUUCGGAGAAAGUUCGAGUUCGACGACGCCUUCGAGCAUUUCUACGAACUUGGUGAAGGCUUGAAAGAGCCAAUCCAGAUCACAUUUGUAGAUCAGUUUGACACGGUCGAGGCAGGCAUUGAUGGCGGUGGUGUCACAAAAGAGUUCCUCACGAGCGUCACUAACCAAGCAUUCUCCCCCGGCGCUGAUGGUGAUAUCAACCUCUUUGUCGAAAACGAACAGCACCUUCUUUACCCCAACCCUUCGGCGACAGACGAGCAACGACAAAUCCUACGUGAAACUGGAAUUUCGGAAGACGCUGUGCUGUGGCGGAGUACUAUGAAGGAGAUGCUGGAACGUUACGAAUUCCUUGGUCGUAUCGUGGGCAAGUGCCUUUACGAGGGCAUUCUAGUUGACAUCAACUUUGCAUCCUUUUUCUUGCUUAAAUGGUCCCUGACUGGAGGUAACAACACUGCAGCCAGGGAGUCUGGUUACCGCGCCAAUCUCAAUGAUCUUCGCGAUCUUGAUGAGGAGCUGUAUCAGGGCCUGCUGCGCCUGAAGAACUAUCCCGGAAACGUCGAAGAAGAUUUGUGUCUGUCCUUUACUAUCACAGAUGUCAUCAGGAAGGAUCCAAAGACCGGUCGUACGAUCACCAAAACCCGUGACCUUCUGAGGAAUGGCUCAAACAUCCCAGUCACCAAUGACAACCGACUGGCUUAUAUAUCCUAUGUUGCGCGUCACCGCCUAGCAAUUCAACCCAAGGCGCAAAGUGACGCUUUCCUCAGAGGACUCUCCACUAUGAUUCAGCCCUCCUGGCUCAGCAUGUUCAACCAGGGCGAGCUACAAACUCUCGUCGGUGGUACCUCUUCCAGCAUUGACGUGGCCGACCUGCGGCGCAACACACAAUAUGGCGGUGUCUACGUCAUUGGAGAUGACGGCCUGGAACACCCUUCCGUUCAGCUGUUUUGGCGCGUCAUGGAGAGCCUAGAGGACGCCGACAGGCGCGCCGUGCUCAAGUUUGUGACUUCGACACCUCGCGCGCCGCUGCUUGGCUUCAGCAGCCUGAACCCGAGAUUCAGCAUCCGCGAUGCUGGCAGAGAUACCACCAGGUUGCCCAGCACAAGCACUUGCGUGAAUCUGCUGAAGUUGCCGAUCUACGGGGAUGAGAAGCUGCUUAGAGAAAAGCUGCUGUAUGCGGUGAACUCUGGUGCGGGCUUUGAUCUGUCGUGAGAAGGCGAGGUGGAGCGGUUUUCUAAGUGUUUUGAAGGUUCUUUUUUCCAAUUAGUCGGAGCUAGAGGCGUAAGUACAGGGUACAUGCUGUCCAGCAGUGCCCGCUUAUCCUCUUGUUCUACAAUGUUCAUGAGCCGGCCACGGUCCAUAGUUUAGGUUAAUGAGAAGAGAGUGAAAUAGAAUUCUUCAUGGU